AUGCGUUCAUCCUUUGCUAUCCUCGCCAUGGCCGUCUCGGCCGUCUCGGCUCAGUCUGUCAAAACCUACAAGGACUCUCUCGAAAUGACCAUUGAUCCCAAUACUGUCGAGCUCACCACCAGAUCCGGUUGGUGCGGAGCCCAGCAAAACACUUGCGAUACUCUCUGCAAGGAUGACACCAUCAAGAACAACUGCAACGAUGAUACCCUCAACUGGGAAUGUACAUGCUCCUCCAACAGCUCGGCUCCCGGUCUCCAGUAUUACACCCAGACCAUGCCUACUUUCAUCUGUGAAGACCUCUUUGCGCAAUGCAUUUCGCAAACCAAUACCCAAAAGGGAAGCGAUGAAUGCGAGUCCAAGAUCAAGUCCAAGUGCGCCAAGCAGAACCCUCCUAAGAACCUCGCCAGCGACGACGACGACGACGAUACCAGCUCCAGUGCCACCGACACUGCUACUGCCUCGGCCACUCAGACUUCGUCGGGCGCUAGUGGCACCGCAGAGGCUGUGUCCACAACAACUUCUGAUGCCUUUGCUGCCCCUACCAUGGCGCCGGCAGGCAAGGGUGCCGCCGCCGCUGUUGCUCUCGGCAUGUUGGCCUACCUCGUCUAA